CCAUUAGAACUAAGCGAGAUGAAUGAUAAUGCGGUGAGUCUUGAUUACAACGAGGAUGAAUUAACGAAUUCCAGUUUAGAAGGUGCCUCGUUGACGUUCAAACGCAAUUGUUUCUUCAGUCCAGUUCAGUGCAUGUUCCGACGAUCGAGUAGUAAAUGA